UUCAUAGACACAACUCUUCUUUACACCACCAGAAACUCCAACAAACACAUGAUGGAGCAGCAGCUCAACUGCACAGGGUUAGAUAAAGUGCUGGAGAAAUACUACCUGUCUCCAUUUUACGCGCUGGAGUUCUGCAUUGGUUUACCUAGCAACCUGUUGGUCGUACUGGGUUACCUGUUUUGCUUGCAGGAGUGGCAGAGCUGCAAUGUUUACAUCUUUAACUUGGCGUGCUCUGAUCUUGUUUUUCUCUGCACUCUGCCCCAACUUUCCUACCUCUACAYGCAUGACAACAAAAUAACCAGUCCCACCAUUUGCAUCAUCAACCGCUACAUCCUCCACGUCAAUCUGUACUCCUCCAUCCUCUUCAUGGUCUGGAUCAGCAUGGACCGCUUCCUGCUCAUAAAGCAUCCGAUGAGGAACCACUGCUUGCUGAGGACCCGCACAGCCAUGGUCGUGACUGCGCUGAGCUGGCUAGCCGUCAAUGUGGAAGUUGCUCCACUGAUUGCACUGAUGAUUAAAGACUUACAAAAAAGUAACUGGAACAUCUGCAAGGAUUUUUCCAGCCUAAACGGUGAUAUCAAUACUUUUGGUUACAGCUUAGGUUUAACCCUGACUGGAUAYGUUCUCCCUCUGCUUGCACUUUGCCUGUUCUCACAACAAAUUUCCCACCUGCUCCGUGUGCAGGAGAGAAACGUGCAAUGCCAGAAAUCCUACAAAAGGCCCCUCAGAGUGGUUGCAUCGGCCACAGUCAUGUUUCUGGUCCUCUACACACCCUACCAUGUGAUGAGAAAUGUCCGAGCUGCCUCUUGGCAGCCCUGGGUAGAACUACAGCCGUGCACAAAGAUGAACAUCAAUGCGGGAUACAUCUUGACCCGACCAUGGGCCUUUUUACACAGUGUCAUUAACCCUGUCUUUUAUUUCCUCAUGGGGGACAAGUUCAGAAAGCUUCUAAUGACUAAAMUUAGAAAGUUGGUCAGAAGGAAAGAGCUGAGAGAACAAUCAUCAUCCUGA